AUGGGUUUAUUUGGCGCAUUAGCAGGAGUUGCAUCCAGAUUUUUGCCCGCAGUGGGAACAAUAGCCAGAGGUGUAUUUGGAGUUGGAAGGAAGAUUUUGAGUACAUUAGGUAUACUUAAAGAGAAAGCACAACCUAUUAUACAAACUGUACAGAAAGGUUGGGAGGUAGCACGAGAUGCAACAAAUCUUAUUCCAAAUCCUGAAACAAGAGGAAAAGUUCAAGGAUGGAUGGACAAUGUAGGAAGACAAGCAGGAAACUACUAUAACAAAGCAAAUGA